UCAUCUCUAUUUCCUCUCAUUUGUAUAUGUUCAGAGUGUAUGUAUAUUUUCUUCUCCACCCUUUCCCUCUUUACCUUCACCUCCACUUAUACUUUCACUUCCAUCUCCUUCGACCUUGUCCAUCACAACUUCACUCUUCCUUUUUUUUAUUUUUUUUAUUAUUAUUAUUAUUUUUUUUUUAUUUCUUUAUUUCUUUAUUUCUAUAAAUUAUAUAUAUAAUAAAUGGCGAGUGAGACUCCGAAUUUGCAUGUCCUCAUUGUAGGAGGAGGCAUUGGAGGCCUUAUGCUCGGCAUCAUGUUGGAACGAGCAGGGAUCGACUAUCAAAUCCUGGAAAGAUCACCCGAGCAUCGACCGUUAGGUAGCGCCAUCUCCUUGAACGGCACAGUCUUACGCCUAUUCGAGCAAUUAGGAUUGUUAGAAGAGCUUUACAAGAUCAGUAAGUUUGCUGGUAGACUUCACGUGAUGAAGGAAGAUCUAGAGACUCAGGGGCAUCUUGAUCUAGAGCACUUUGAAGAAAGAUAUGGUUAUAACAGCAUCGUGUUUGGUCGACCAGAUCUUUUCAAGAUGCUUGUCUCUCAUAUCCCUGAAGGGAAAUUAUUGAUGGAUUUGGCUUAUUCCAAUUGUAGGCAACAGGUUCGCUUGGUCCAUUGGAGGGCGCAUCUUGGAUUCUGAGGCAGGACAAGAAGAUGUCCGGAGUUUUUCAUUUGCAGAAUGGUGGCCCGAGCUCACUACGGAUGUCUGUGAUUUAGUUCGAGACUAUACCCUGCCAGACUUCAGAGUCUCGUACCAACAUGAUGGUCAUUACAAGAACGCCUCUGUGGCCCACCAC